AUGGUUGAAGCUCACCGCUCGCAGUCGCAACACUGCACCUCCCACUCUGCCUCAAAUCUCGCAGGCGCCGCAUCGUAUCGGGUUGUUGACCCCUACUCGCCAGCCAGUGCAAGUGUCAGGCCAGAAAACGAGGGAGGAGUGCAGAAACGGGGAGGUCGAGCUGAAAAUGAGCCCCUGGAAUCGCGAAUGUCGGGCCCAUCAGGGGGAUUCAGUUCAUCGAAAGGCAUGAAAGUCGAAGAUACGUCAUCAUCAUUAGAAGGUUCUGAUGCUUUGCCUUUAAAAAGUGAGGAAACAAUUGAAGAGGCAGUUCAGAGACUCAUACAACUUAACAAGGAUAAGCUUUCUGACUCUCAACUUUUGGAUCUAAUCGCUUCAUUUUAUCUGGUAACGAAUCAAUGUUUGAAAAAAUGUAAAACCGAUCCAUCGGCUCAGUUAAAACAGAAACCUGCGGAAGUAACUUCAAAGAUGAUUGAGGAGAGGAAGCAAGACAACUUUUCUGGAAAUACAGACGAGAGCACUGAUGAGGACGAAAAAGUGCCACCAACUGAGCGGCCUAUUUCACUGCUGGAGAGGAAACGCCUCCAAUGGCUACGAGAACGAGCGGAACUCGAGCAUCUGGAAAGGGAUCGUGCCAAGUCCGUGAUGGAUUUGACCGCAGAAGCGGAUAUGAUUGGUGGGAAGAUGCAGUCCACAGUCGCCCGAAAUGUGCUCUCCGCCAAGAAUCAUCACCGCUUUCAACGCUGUCACUAUCUCGCCGGAUUGCCCGUGGGCGAGGAUCCUCACGCUGAGGCGGAGUUGAAGGAGCAGCAGCGGCGCCAGUGGCUGGCCGAGUUGGACCGUCAAGUAGAGGAGCGGCGGGUGGCGCGAGAGCGUGAACGCCUUCGACGCCUCUCCGUUGAAACUGCCAAUCACAUUAAGGAAGCAACUUGUGCAACGGGAACGGACAGAGAAUGUAGUGCAGCCCAAUGUGACGUCAAGUCCGCCAGCUUUGGUAGGGGUCGCGGAUUGGCAGACCUCCUUGGCAAGCAGGACAUUGACUCCGCUGCGAAGCGUCAGCAGCAACUGGAGUUGCAGGAGGCGUACGCAGAGCAGAUACGCGAGCGUGCGGAGCGCCGGCGCCAGGAGCGUGAGGUGGAGGCUCGGACGGAGGCGGAGGAAGCUGCGCGCCUCGAGGAGGAGCGCGCUCGUCUUCGCAAAGAGCAGGAGGCUGAGCUUGCGCACCGACGUGAGGCUGAGGUGAGAGCCUCCUUUCCUACUGCUAAGGCGGCAGAGCAUGCAGCAGUGAUGCAAGUGCGGGAGGAGGCUAUCAGGGAGACGAGGGGAGCACAAGGCGGGAUGGCAUGCAAAAAACGCACCCAAGGUGUUCAACGCCCCUCGCGUAACACCAGUCUUAUCCCUCGACCCUCGAAUCGGACUUCGUCCCAACAGCGAAGUACAGAUGACGUUGGUGAAAAGAUGACGAAACCGAAAUUUGGAAGUGCCCUUACGAUUUCAAAUCGAGAUCGCGCCAAAGAUGGGGACUUGCCGGUUAAACAGUGCCCCCCAAGAGGUCUGCCGGUGGUGCGCACCGAGUCAACCCUCCCUCCUGUUCCGCUCCCAACCAGUACUGCCACCGCGGUCGCUUGCCCCACCUCCGACUUCCUCUCCGCCAUUGCGGACCCCGACUUUGCCUAUCCCCAGACCUCACGUGAUUCCGCACUUCGACAGGUUUCUCGGAUCAAGGAGAAUCUCGCGCAGCGCCAACAUGAGUUGCGCUCGAUGCAGAAUAUCUAA